AUGUUCUGGUGGGAUAGUGAUAGCGACUACCCCGACUUCCGGUGUACCCGCUGCGAUCGCGAGUUCUCAAACCAAUACUCGCUGCGACAACACCGCCGUGACGCCUCCGAUCACUAUUCAUGUGAUUCAUGCGACUUUGUUGGAGCAACUCGCGCCGAGUUGCUCACACAUCACGACCAGACAAGACACGCAACAAUUUGCCGAGGCUGCAACAAUGGGAGGGGGCGCAUCUGGGGCUCGGAAUCACAGGAGUAUCUCGAUCACCUGGAGGAUGGGAAUGUUUGUGGGCUUUGUGAGACGCAUUUUGAGACUCCGAGCAACCUUGAACAUCAUGAAAUGACCCAUCUAGAGCGGACGAUUGAAUGUUAUGGCUGCUGCAGGAAGUUCCCCACAUAUCCCGCCAUGAUCAUCCACCUCGAGGCGGCUACAUGCGUUUCUGGAAUCGACAUACGUGAUUUAAACCAGUCGGCUGCCAUGUGCUUUCAGUGGAAGGCGUACCUUGACCAGGAAUAUCGCCAGGAACUACUCGAGCGUGUUGAUUUAAAAGCAAUGUAUGGACGCGUGUACCCAUUUCGAUGCCCUGGCUGCAAGUUGAGCUUCACAAAGCUAUCGGGCCUUUUCCAGCACGUGUAUAGUAAUGCAUGUCGCCAGGAUCUGCAUGAGGGUAAGAUGGCCAAGCUGAUCAAAUGGCUAGAGAAUCGCCAUGAUAUAUGA